UGACCUAACUUCAUUUCUUUCAGUUGGCAAGGUUGUCAGAAGUGUAAACACUUUUAGCCGGUAAGGAGCAAUGUAAGACUUCUCCCAGCUGUCAGAGACUCUUGAAAGAAGGCCGGAAAAAGAAAGUGUUAGAGGGACAACCUUUCUUUUACUGCUAUCUCCUCGAUCAAAACACGAAAUCGUAACUGACUUGAAUUCUCGGAUACUAGUGUUAAGUCUCAAUUCGGGCGGCCAAGCGUCACUAAAUACAGAGACAAAUUUUGUCAGAUUUCAAACAAACUGAACACGACCUUAGUGUCAAUGACGUAGAUCGCUAUUAACACGAAAAUAUAACAAACAUCUGUGAAAGAGAAUCAAACCAAAAAUGGAGGAAAGAUCUCUGGAAGAAAGAAUCGCAUUGGCUCUCAUUCUCGGACUUAUUAUUAUAUGUGGGGUCAUUGGAAACGCUUUCGUUAUCAUUGCGACUAUCAAAUUCGAACGAAUACGUCGAACCAACUCUAACUUUCUUCUGCUCAAUCUUGCAAUAGCAGACAUUCUCAGUUCUUCGGUGAUAAUGCCAUACCAUUUGGCAACGGUGAUUAAUUUGGACAUAGUUAGUUCUAAUGGAGUGGUUUGCUGGAUUGGUGGCGCGAUUACAUAUCCUAUUCUCAUAGCCUCAACUUUGACUGUGGUAAUGUUAGCAGCGGAUCGUUAUAUCGCGAUGAUGGAUCCCCUACGAUACAAGGCCAGAAUAACAUCUAGAACUAUUAUCUACAUGAUUUGUUACACCUGGUUGCACUCUGUCUUUUUCGCAGUUCUUGCUGCCUCUUUAGUGAAAAUUGAAUUUGAUAAAGUGAGUUUGGAUUGUGGUGUGUCUUGGGACAAAACACCGUUGUGGUUCGGUGUAAUAUCAAUGAUCCUCAACAUCGUUGCACCAUUCAUAUUCAUGGCUUGCUCGAGUUUAAAAGUCUUAGCUAUUGCUAGGAAACAGCAUAAAAUAAUUGAAACCGAAGCAGCCAAGCGACAAGGAGGAAGGAACGCUAAAGUACGCGAAUCCAAAGCCACCUCAGCUAUCCUGUUAGUCAUCCUGUUGUUUCUCAUCGCGUGGCUACCCUACCUAGUUACGAGGGUCAUACGUGUCUUCAAUAUCAUUUUACCAUCAACGGCAUAUACCACCGCCAUAUGGAUUCUUCAUGUCAACGCUGUGGUGAACUUCUUUAUUUAUACGCGACGAAAUCAAGAUUACAGAAGGGCCUUUAUGUCUAUGAUAAAACCACGAAAUAGUUCAGAAAACUCGGUCGAGCCUUAUAGUUGUAAUUAAACAAAAAGUAUCCAUGACUUCUUGAAGAUGUGAAUGUGUUGCAUCAAGCAAAUUUUCUUGGAAAAAUGUAUGAAUUCGUCAGUACUUUGAAGCGUAUGUUGCUGGAAAAAUUAUGUUGUCAUCAUACAAAUCGAGGCGAGGCAAGCCUUAUACAAUAAUUUGUUAUCGACCAAUUGCUGUUUUUCUUGGUCGUUUUCUUUGAAAUGAAAGAAAUAGCCGGUUAUUGGUGACUUAUCUGUUAUGUUAACCAACACUGGCUGCAAUGUCCUUUCUUAUUUCAUUUUCUUGGGACCGAAUGCAAACCAACUAUCAACUAAAAAAUAUCAUCUAGAUACCUUUUAAAUUUAAAGAUGUGUCUGUUUUAACGAGUGAAUUGCCAUGGCUCUAUUCAGUGUUAAAUCAACCUGAACAUGGCCGUCUCUCGAAGUCACCCAUCCAUUCUCUUGACCAGAAUAAGUACUAACAAAUAUCCUCUAAAUAUAUUGGAAAAAGCGAUUCACGAAAUGUUUUGCUAGAUUUUGCGGUUUCUAUACGAAGGUUAGAAUGACGAAAGAAUAGCACAGCGAUAACCACUAAUGUCUAGGUGCGGACAGACGGUGCGGAGUGUAUUGCACGCGACGGUGCCAACAUCCCUGAAAAAGUAAUUUCUACUUCUGUGACGUUGCAUGCAACAUCACCUCGUAAGGCACCCCCACCCCUCCAUCCCCCAGAAAACUUCGCCUUUUUCGUGCAACGUCUAAGGCGAUGUCCCAUCGUGUGUCCGCACGAUAAGCAGAUAUUCAAACGAGGUAGCAAGGUAGGAAUGUUUAAAUUCAAACACCGUUGAACCUUAGUUAUGAGCAAAAAAGUCAUUUGACUUCACUAUAAAAUGCUCAAACCUCUACUUGUUUUAAUACGCAGCUACUCUUGCUUAAGGUAGCUCCAUAUAGUUAAAAGGCUUUUGAGGUACAUGUUACAUAUUGCUGUAUUUAAAAAAAACAAAGUAUGUUUUGACCCUUUUUUGCGCAUUGUACUAAUAUUAGUAAAUCAAGGUUUCAGUUUUUACAAAAAAAUAUCACAUGACGGGUCGCCAUAGCAACGUAACGUUAGUCUUAAUUGAGGCUUUUUUGUAAUAAAAAAAAUUAAAGCUCGAAUUUUUCGCAGUGAAUUUUUUUCUAAAUUUGUUAAGUGAAAUCAUACUACUUAUUUCAUCAUUUGACACCGCGACUUAAGUAUCCCAACGACAGAACCUUAGAUUUAACGCAAUUUCUGUCUUUUCACAAUUAAAAACAUUCUGUCGUUAGA